AUGUCAUUAAAUUUUAAUAAACUUUUUUUACAAGAUAUACUAUCUCGAAGAGAAUCACCGCAUGCACUUGACUUAAAUGAAGAAAAUCUUAAAAUUCAAGAAGAAUCAGAGUAUUCAGCAGAAGAUAAUGAUGAUGAUAAUGAUGCUGAUGAAUAUGAUGAUGAAGAUAAUGAAUCUGACGAUCGAUUUACUGAGGAUAAUAAUGAUAAUGAUGAAUAUUUAAACUAUACCGAUGAAAAAACAUGUACUAAUAAUAAAAUUAAUGAAAAUAACAAAAUAACUAAUAAAAUUAAAUCAGGAGAACAUUUACAACAGUUUAGACUUAUUUCAGCAUUGAAUAAUUUACGAUUAGCUGUAGAUAAACAAGCUAAAUUACAAUCAUUACUUAGUGAUUAUAAACAUAAAGAUAAAAGUCAAGAUUCUAGAAUAUUGUCGAAAUUAUUAACAGUUAAAGAAUAUAAUCCUACACCUGAUGAUACAACUAAUCAAACUAGUAAUCUAUCAGACGUAAUAACAACAACAACAGAUAAUAAAAAUGAUACGAAAAGAAAUAUUGAAUUUGAAAUUGAACAAAAAGAUGAAACUACAAGUCCUACUAGUAAAACAAUUCAAUCUAAAGUGACAUAUAGAUCGUCGAAAAAACCAUGUCAACAUAAUACAACAGAUAUACCUAUAUCUUUAACAGAUAAAGAUAUGAUAGCAUUUCGAAGAAAUGAACGUUUAUCAAAAAGAAAAGAGAAAGUAUCAGUACAAAUUCGUGUUGUAUUUUUAAAAAUUGGUGAAAUUGAUACAUUGAAAGAAAUCUAUCACGCUGAUGCAUUUAUACAAGCUAAAUGGAGAGAACCACGUUUAGAUGGUAAAACAGAUGAAAAUCUUCGUAAAAUAGAUUUACAACGCUGUUGGAAUCCACUUAUACUUAUUGAUAAUAUAUUAAGUGAAUCUAAAGAACAACAUUGGAUCAUUACAGAAAGAAAUGAACAUGAUGAAAUUUUCAUUGUUGAACGUCGUCGUUUAAGAGGUGUGUUUUUGGAGACAUUAGAAUUAAAUGAUUUUCCAUUAGAUGUUCAAGAUUUGACCAUAACUCUGACAUCCGAAAGACCAGAAUCGGAGGUUGAACUUAUACCAGAUAAGCAUGAACCCUGCAGAAUAAACCUACAAACGCUUGUAGAUCAGCAGGAAUGGCGACUACAUGAGCAUAUUGAAAUAACAAGACGUUCGGCUACCCAAGAAUAUACAAAUUCUAGUCAAAGUCAUCCUUGUAUUUCUGUUACAUGUAGAGCAGCACGUAGGCCUGGUUAUUUCUACUGGAAUGUCUUUCUAAUUAUGUUUUUUAUCACAGGAUUAUCAUUUGCAACAUUUGCUGUACCACCGGAACGACCAGAAAAUCGACUUCAAUUAUCUUUUACAUUAUUUCUAACUUCCGUUGCUUUCAAAUUUGUAAUUAAUCAGUCGUUACCGAAAAUCUCUUAUUUAACAUAUAUGGACAAAUAUGUAUUAAUGUCACUGGCAAUAUUAUGUGUUGUUAGUGUAUGGCAUGCAGUAGUCACAUUAAUACCAAGUGAUGCAGAAUUUGAACAGCUUACAACAAAAAAUCUUUUAAGAUCAACCAAUCCUCAAUUCUCAUUUAUGAAACGUUAUAAAGAGUUAACAUUUCCGCAUUCUUCUACAAUGAACGUAACAUCUAGACAAGUAAAGGAUACCAGUAUAGAUGAUUAUAUUGAUGUUAAAAAUAAUAUAAGUUUAACCCAGAUAGAAAAAUCUACACAUGGUCAUAUCACUUCAAAUGAUGAUAAAGGAAUUAUUGAUACACAAAAUUCACAGAAAUUAUCUCAACAAUUCAAUCAGCAAACAUGGAUAGCUUUAGCAUUACAAUCAAAGAAUCGUGAACAACAUAAACGUCGAUUAAUGAUGAGAAUUGAAAGAGAUGUUUUUGUUUCAUUCUGCAUAUUAUAUGUACUAGCUCAUUUGACAUUUAUAUUUUGGUUGUAUUUUGACGCAAGCAGACGUAGAAGAGAGAUGGUAGAACGAGAUCGAUUAUACAAGAAAUGUAUGCAAGCAUCAAAGGCAUUAUAA